ACCUGUGAGGUUGAGGCAGAGGGCGGCACCAGUCAAGCAGGGAAGACCCACAUCAGGGACUGAUAGGGCAUAAAGCUGAUUCCAGGGUCCUGGAGACAGACAACAGAAAACAUAGGGGCCUGGAAUCCAGAAGAAAGCACAGGAGUUGCCCAUUCUACGCUGAGAGCUGUCUCAGAAGAUGGAAUCACCUUCAGCACACGUGGUCUCCCUGACAGAGGAUGAGGAGCUGCAGCCCUGCGGAGGCUCUGUGUGCCAGCACCCAGGAAGACUGGGGUCAACAGAGUAUGCCCAGCCUGGAGUUGUGGAGAAAGUGCGGCCAAAGUGGGACACCCCCCUGCAGUUCUUACUAGUUUGUGUCUCCUAUGCUGUGGGCCUAGGCAAUGUCUGGCGCUUCCCCUACUUGUGCCAGAUGUACGGUGGAGGGAGUUUCCUGGUCCCCUAUGUCAUCAUGCUCGUUGUAGAGGGGAUGCCACUCUUGUACCUGGAGCUGGCUGUGGGACAACACAUGCGUCAGGGCAGCAUCGGUGCCUGGAGGACCAUCAGCCCCUACCUCAGUGGUGUUGGCAUUGCUAGCUUGGUGGUUUCCUUCUUGAUCUCUGUGUAUUACAAUGUCAUCAACACCUGGGCUAUCUGGUACCUCUUCCACUCCUUCCAGGACCCCCUGCCAUGGUCUGUCUGCCCACUGAAUGGUAACCGCACAGGCUAUGAUGAGGAGUGUGAAAAGGCUUCAUCAACACAGUACUUCUGGUACAGGAAAACACUCAACAUUUCACCAUCCAUCCAGGAGAAUGGAGGAGUGCAGUGGGAGCCAGCACUGUGCCUCACCCUGGCCUGGCUGAUUGUCUAUCUGUGCAUCCUGAGAGGCACCGAAUCAACUGGCAAGGUGGUCUAUUUCACUGCAUCGAUGCCCUGCUUUGUGCUCAUUAUCUACCUGGUUCGGGGCCUCACACUCCAUGGAGCCAACAAUGGCCUGGUGUACAUGUUCACACCUAAGAUUGAGCAGCUAGCCAACCCCAAGGCCUGGAUCAAUGCAGCUACGCAGAUCUUCUUCUCACUGGGCUUAGGGUGUGGUGGCCUGAUUGCCUUUGCCAGCUACAACGAACCCUCCAACAACUGCCAGAAGCAUGCCAUCAUUGUAUCCAUCAUCAAUAGUACUACUGCCAUAUUCUCCAGUAUUGUGACCUUCUCCAUCUAUGGCUUCAAGGCCACCUUCAACUAUGAAAACUGCUUAAACAAGGUGAUUCUGCUGCUGACCAAUUCUUUUGACCUUGAAGAUGGCUUUCUGACAGCCAGUAACCUGGAGGAGAUGAAGGACUACCUGGCAUCUACCUACCCAAGCAAGUACAGUGAAGUGUUCCCGCACCUUAGAAACUGCAGCUUGGAAUCAGAGCUGAACACGGCUGUCCAAGGCACAGGCCUGGCCUUUAUUGUCUACACUGAGGCCAUUAAAAACAUGGAUGUGUCCCAGCUGUGGUCAGUGCUCUACUUCUUCAUGCUGCUGCUGAUGGGUAUGGGAAGCAUGGUAGGGACAGGAACGGCCAUCCUCACCGCUCUGACUGACAGCAAGGUCAUCUCUAGCUACCUGCCCAAGGAGGCAAUUUCAGGUCUGGUGUGCCUCAUCAACUGUGCCAUUGGCAUGGUGUUCACCAUGGAGGCUGGGAACUAUUGGUUUGACAUAUUCAAUGACUAUGCAGCCACACUGUCCUUGCUGCUCAUUGUGCUGGUGGAGACCAUAGCUGUAUGCUAUGUAUAUGGGCUAAAGAGAUUUGAAAGUGACCUUCAAGCCAUGACUGGCCGCACCCUCAACUGGUACUGGAAGGCCAUGUGGGCAUUUGUGAAUCCACUGCUCAUCAUCAGCCUCUUUGCCUUUUACCUGAGUGACUAUAUCCUCACGGGAACGCUACAGUACCAAGCCUGGGAUGCCACUCAGGGCCACGUGGUGACCAAGGAUUACCCCACAUAUGCACUAGCUGUCAUUGGGCUUCUGGUAGCCUCCUCUACCAUGUGCAUCCCUCUGGUGGCCCUGGGGACUUUUGUCACACGCCACUUCAAGAGCAGAGCAAACUUUCCUAUGGCCUGAAAAGUGAACCUCAUAGACCCACUGUUAGUCACUCAUUGUUUCAUAGCUACUCCUACAGUAGACAUUAUUCAGUUACUUUUUAAAGCCAGGAGUACUUUCUGCUUCCUGAAUCUGCAAAGAAAAUUUAAUUCUCUGUAUCACAGGCUGUUAUAAACCUAACUUUGGCCAUAAAUACUACAGGCUUUAUUUUCUAUCUUCCAUAAUGUAUACUUUUGUUGCCAGAAUUUAUACCCUUUUGUAUUAUAUAUUCAACUCAUAGUAUUUUCAUCACUUAGACCUUUAGCUUUCAUUCUAGAGAUAUCAAAUAUUUACAUACCACCAUUACAGUAAUGAGAUACUGGAUUACAAAUUUACCUCUAUCAUUGCUUUUUUUUGUUGUGACAGAGUCUUGGUCUGUAUGUACCCCAGGUUGAGUCUGCACCUACGCAUCUUAGAAUAGGCUAGAAUCCAAUCCUCCAGUCACAGCCUCCCCAUGCUGAUACAAAUGGCCAUGUGCCACCAAGCCAGGCAUAUACUUUUUAUAACAGUAAUUAUCUUCUUGUUUCUGUUUGAACCAUUCCUUAGUGAGUGGGGAGGGAGUAGGUAGGAGUCUCAAAGGGCAGUCAGUGCUAGACUGGGCUCAAAUACACAAUCCUCUUACUUCACCUCCACACCAAUGCUUGGAUUACAGGCAUGGCCUACCACACCUGACCUUUCAAUAUUUCUUGAAGGCUAUUUUAAUGAUUAAUUUCCUCUGCUUUUUCUUGUCUAGAAAAGUGUUUUGCUUCAUCACUUAAGUGUAACUUUACUGGAUAUGGUAUUCUUGACUGGCGGGUUUCUUUCUUUUAGCAGUUUGAAUGUACUGAUAAUUCCAUUUAUUUAUAGUCUAAUGGAUAUCCCCUUAUAUGUGACUUGACUCUUGUCCUUGGUAAAAGAAGAGGGGGGAAAUAAUGAGCUGUAGAACAAGCAAUAUGAAACAGAAGUGUAGGAUGAAAAUAUAGAGAGCACAAUAUAUAACAAUAAAACCAUAUUGAGAUUUUUUUUAACUGAAUCUGAUUUUACUCUUAAACUGUGUGAGAUGAUGCAGUAAUCUGCUCUAGUGUACUUUACUGCAUAUUCCCUAAAACUAUGUUGUAAACCUCAAAUAUGAUAAAUUUUAUUUAAAAAAAUA